GGUAAGCGGCCGGCGCGGGCAGGUAUUCCUGAGCCGGCUGCGGGGCCUCCACCCUCCGCCCAGCCCAGUCCGAACCUGUCGUGGUGGCCGGCCCGACAUGUCCCCUCGACGCCCAAUCCUACCAGGGCCAACCUCCAAGGAGCGAAGGGGCCUGGACGCCGGGUGUUCAUAAGAAUGGAUGCACUUUUUCCUUGCCACAUUCCUUAUUGCUGUAGCUCAUGAACCUACAUAAUCUUGGGGAAGAGCCUGUGUUUAAUGAUGACAAACCUGUUACCAGUAUAGCAACAACAGUCUAACAGCAAAAACAAAUAAAAAUAGAGAAGCAUUUAAAUUUAUUUUCAACAAAGAAGCCAUUGCAAUCAACAACUUCUGCCGCAUUAUUUUUCCAAGAUGAACCGGUACACGACCAUGCGACAGCUGGGGGAUGGCACCUAUGGGAGUGUGCUGAUGGGCAAGAGUAAUGAAUCUGGGGAGCUGGUGGCCAUCAAAAGGAUGAAGAGAAAGUUCUAUUCUUGGGAUGAAUGUAUGAACUUGAGAGAAGUUAAGUCUCUGAAGAAACUUAAUCAUGCCAACGUGAUUAAACUAAAAGAAGUUAUCAGAGAAAAUGACCAUCUUUAUUUUAUAUUUGAAUAUAUGAAAGAAAACCUCUAUCAAUUAAUGAAAGACAGAAACAAGUUGUUCCCUGAGUCAGUCAUCAGAAAUAUUAUGUAUCAAAUAUUACAAGGGCUGGCAUUUAUCCAUAAACAUGGUUUUUUUCAUAGGGAUAUGAAGCCAGAAAACUUACUUUGUAUGGGUCCAGAACUUGUGAAAAUUGCUGAUUUUGGACUUGCAAGAGAAUUAAGAUCCCAGCCACCAUACACUGAUUAUGUAUCUACCCGAUGGUACCGUGCUCCUGAAGUUUUACUAAGAUCUUCCGUUUAUAGCUCUCCCAUUGAUGUGUGGGCUGUUGGGAGUAUAAUGGCUGAACUAUAUACAUUAAGACCACUUUUCCCAGGGACAAGUGAGGUUGAUGAAAUAUUUAAAAUUUGCCAAGUUUUAGGGACUCCAAAAAAAAGUGACUGGCCAGAAGGGUAUCAGCUUGCAUCCUCGAUGAAUUUCCGUUUUCCCCAGUGUGUUCCUAUAAACUUAAAAACUCUUAUUCCCAAUGCCAGUAAUGAAGCUAUUCAGCUUAUGACUGAAAUGUUGAAUUGGGAUCCAAAAAAACGACCAACAGCAAGCCAGGCGUUGAAACACCCGUAUUUUCAAGUUGGUCAGGUAUUAGGCCCUUCCUCACAUCAUCUGGAAUCGAAACAGCCUUUACAUAAGCAGGUACAACCACUAGAAUCGAAGCCACCUUUAAUUGAUCUAGAACCUACGCCUCUGCCAGACAUAAAUGAUCAAACUGUUGGACAGCCCCAGUCAAAAAGCCACCAGCCACUGCAGUCCAUCCAGCUGCCACAGAACGUGAGUGUCCAGCAAGCACCAAAGCAGCAAAGCCAUCAGAAACAGCCUCAAUCACUGUUUCCAAGUAUUGUCAGGAACAUGCCAACCAAGCCAAGCAGCAUGCUGGGGCACAAGAGCAUGAGGAGGCGCUGGGGUCAGACUGUAUUCAAGUCUGGAGAUAGCUGGGAAGACUUUGAGGACAGUGAUUUUGGAACCUCUCAAACCAAGAAACCAAGCAUGAGUGUUUUCAGAGAAAAGAGGAAAAAAGAUUCUCCAUUUCGGCUUCCAGAGUCAGGACCCUCAGGCUCCAACCCCUCAGCAGUGGAAAACAAGAGCUUACCUGCUGCUAUUUCCCUAAAAUCUGAUUCCAAAUUAUCAACGGCUUCAACAGCUAAACAGUACUACUUAAAACAAUCAAGGUACCUUCCAGGUGUAAAUCCUAAGAACGUGUCCUUAAUAGCCAGUGGAAAGGAUAUAAAUCCAUAUACUUGGAGUAAUCAAUUAUUUCCUAAGUCAUUGGGACCCAUUGGGGCAGAACUUGCUUUCAAAAGGAGUAACGCAGAAGAAAGCAUAAUUAAACCAAUUGAAAAACUAUCAUGCAAUGAAAGCUUUCCUGAGAAAUUAGAGGACCCACAAGGAAAUCCUGGAAGUUACGCUACUUAUGGUCAGUCAGGAUACGCUCCUUCCUUUCUCAAGAAAGAAGUGGGGUCAGCUGGCCAGAGAAUACACUUAGCGCCUCUCAGCACAGGGGCUCCAGAAUAUACCUGGAACACAACUGGCCGGGGGCAAUUUUCAGGACCUACUUACAAUCCUACAGCCAAGAACAUAAAUAUUGUGAACCGUGCACAGCCAGUUCCCUCAGUGCAUGGGAGGACAGACUGGGUGGCCAAGUACGGAGGCCACCGGUAGGAGCCGCUGUGAAGCCCCAUAGCAUUGCCCCAGAGUCCUCGGACCCUGGGAAGUGUCUACAGAUGUCUACUUCUACUGAGUUCUGGAAGAACUAUGUAAUAGUGGUACUUUGAAGAGCAAAAAUCAUCUCCUAUUUUCUUUCCUAAAAAUGAAAUGCAUUUUCUUGGCUUUGUUGCCCAUAUAUGGGUAGGACUGAUAUAUGGGUAGGACUUUACAAAGUAUUGAAUAAACUAUUUGCCAAAGUA